ACACAACGAAAUAGCUCGCCGGAAGUGCGCUGCCCGCGCCCCGGGACCCGCCCGGGCUGCAGGCUGAUUUGGACAGUCCGACCCACAGGUCUGACAAUUGUGUGACGGGUUUUGGCCGGCGGAGAAUGGUCUCUAAACUUCCCAAACCGCUCCCGUGGCACGUGUUGUGAAAGGAAGUGCUCCUCUGAUGACCAAUCAGCGGCGAGAAACUCUUUUAACGUCCCUCCCUCUUUCACGCCUCCUUCCCCGCGCUUUGGUUCGUGCGCCCGCCCCCCAGCGUCGGGUCUGCGUGGAUCGGCCCUUCCAGGACACCGUCGCCUGCCAGGCCGCGUCGGAGUGUGGUGGCGACCUGCCUCCGAGACAUGGCCGGCUCGGAGGCUGAGUGGGUAACCAUUGCCAAUAACCUUCUUUUUAAGUGUCAUAUACAUCUGAGAAUACAUGAACUUCAAGACUGUGAUGCUAAUGUUUUUAUUGCUCUUUAUCAGUCUAUUUUGGGAGAAAAGGUACCAGACCUCAUAGCUAUUCCUAGGAGUCAAGAGGAUGAUGCACACAAUGUACAAGCUGUAAUUGAUUCACUGGCCUUGGAUUACUUGCAGGUCAGCUUGUCUCACAUAACAGGAGAAAAUAUAGUGAAAGGAGAUAAAGAAUCUAUUAAGAAUCUCCUGGAAAUAUUUGAUGGUUUGUUGGAGUAUCUUACAGAACGCAUCAGUGAAACAUCUCAUGAGAAAAGUGAAACUGAACAGUAUUUUAAAGAAUCCGAUCGAGGAGAACGUUUGGAAGAGCCAGAAAGUACUAAAGAAUCUAAAUCAUCAUGGAAAAGAGUUUCUUUUGGGAGGUGCUCCUUGUCUUCUGAGACGUUGGGCCCCCCUUGGGAUGGAGAUGAAGCAGAAUCCACUGGUGAAAUCAUUAGACUUGGAGACACAGCACACACCUUUUCUCUAAGAAGUAAUGGUGCUCAAUGUCCUAAUGAAAUGCUGUCUAAAAACGCCUUAGCCUCACCAAGUUCUAAAUCACAUGAAGAUAUGUUGUACCCUCCUAGUGUUUUGUCCAAGAAUAGGACAUCCUUUCUUGAAGACACAGAAACCCUUUCUGUGAGUGGGAUUCCAAAUGCUAGGAAGCUAGGGGAGCCUAUCCGAGCAGCUAUUCCUUUACAUCCACCCUACCACCCUUCAGAGCCUCGAGCACCCUGCCCCAUAGGAAAAGAAUACUUGCAUUCAAGUCACUGCUCCCCAGCCGUAAAUUCUACUGGAGAGCAUACGGAAUUUUCUGGGGAUCUAGAUGAUAGAGUUUUCUUAAUUUCCAAGUUGCCUAAAGACAGCAAACGGGAAGUAUAUCCAGCUCAGGUCCAAGGGCCUAGGACAAGGAAGUCUCCCAAAGGAAAAAGAAAUGAAAACAGAGCUACAGCCUCAUCCUGCAAUUCACCUUUCCCCCAGAGGCCAAGAAAGAGAUUAACAGAACAAGAAUUACAUGAUGUAUCAGAAGAACUCUCUCAGCGGCUCUCUGAACUAGAUUGGAUGUUAAAAAGUGCCCUGGGUGAUCGGAUUAAAGAAAAGACUGACCAUAAAGAAGAAAAUAUUGGAAAUGAAGAGGUAGAGGAUGGAACUGAGGAGACACUGUCUCAGCACAGUGAUGGCAUCGUGGAGUAUGGGCCAAAGAACUCAAGGCCAGGACUUUACAUGCGUAGAAAGCCACCCUACAGAUCCCAUUCGCUCUCUCCAUCUCCAGUUAACAAACACAAACAGUUCCACGUGGAGAGAAAAAGGCAGCGCAAGCCAAGAGAAACAGAUAUCCGCCAACUCCGAGCACAGGCGUUUACUGAAGCAUUUGAAAGGGAACUAAGAAGACAUAAAGUUCAAGAGAAUAUUGGACCUCUAAGAAUAUAUGAGAAGGAGGAGGAAACAGAAAAAAUAUACAGAGGAGAAGCAGUUCGUAAAGGAACUCCAGAAUGUAGUCAGCCCUGGAAGAUUUACUCUAGAAAAACCACAACUCAGAGUCCACGAGGUGGCCUCCCAAAGCCAAAUAAAGCAGUUCCAAUGAAAGUAAGUGAACACAGUCUCCUUCCCCUUAUGCUGGAGCAGUUUCCGUUUCUCUAUGUUUCUGGCCCAACACUAAGCAAAAUGUGGAAACAGCAAAUUGCACAGGUUGAACAGCUUAAGAAAGAGGCAUGUAGAGAAAAUCAAUCAAAGAAGAAACUCCAAGAUGAAAUAGACGAAGCCCUAAGAAGGCAUGACCUCCUUACUACCCUUGUCAAGAAAGAAUAUGAACAUAACAAGAGACUGCAAGACUUCAAGGACUGCAUUCGUAGGCAAAGGUUGACCCAAUCAAAGAUAAAAGAAAAUCGACAGCAAAUUGUUCGUGCUCGAAAAUAUUACGAUGAUUAUAGAGUUCAGUUGUGUGCAAAAAUGAUGAGAAUGAGGACCCGGGAAGAAAUGAUAUUUAAGAAACUGUUUGAAGAAGGUUUAAACAUUCAAAAGCAAAGAUUACGAGACCUAAGAAACUAUGCCAAAGAAAAGCGAGAUGAACAGAGGAGACACCACCAGGAUGAACUGGACUCCAUGGAGAACUACUAUAAGGACCAGUUUUCAUUGCUGGCAGAAGCCAUAUCACAGGAACAUCAAGAACUUAAAGCCAGAGAGAAAUCUCAGGCCCAGACAUUACAUAAGGUGAAGAGGGAGCUGAGAUCUAAGAUGGAGAAGGAAAUUCAGCAGCUGCAGGACAUGAUAACACAGAAUGAUGAUGAUGUUUUCUUCCGGGAACUGGAAGCUGAGCGCUUCAGAUCUCGGCUUCAGCUGGCUUCCUUUCAGUACAGUAAAAGUCCCUCCCUGUGAGGCCAGACUUGAUAAUAGGUGAAGGUUCUGGAGGCCUUUACCAGGACAGAGCUAGAAUUGAGCCAGUAAACAGUCUAAGCCAGAAAAAUAAUUUUCAAAUGCUUUACUUGUAUUUUCAUUCUAGUACUUUUAGUGAUUUUUUAAAUAAAAAUUUUUUCUAAAAGCUUA